AUGAAGCCGUUCCAAUUAGCUCGCCGACAGGUGCUAACCGGGCUUGCUAUGCCCCGCGCCGUCUCCUCGCAGACCAUUAACACCAGCCGGACAUGGCAGCGUGCUUUCAGCGCCUCUGCGGCCGCUGCCUCGACCCUUCCCGGCCUCGACGCUUCCAAGUUGACCGUCACAAAGACCACCACUCCCAAGGAGCUGAUGGAUUCCAAGGACCUUGUCUUUGGCAAGAACUUUACGGAUCACAUGCUCUCUGUGGAGUGGACAGCUACCGAUGGAUGGCACACACCUCGCAUUAUUCCCUACCAGAACCUUAGCUUGGACCCCUCAACCUGUGUGUUCCACUAUGCAUUUGAAUGUUUCGAAGGAAUGAAGGCAUACAAGGACGAUAACGGUGGCAUCCGUCUGUUCCGCCCUAACAAGAACAUGGAGCGUUUGAACAAGUCUUCUGCGCGUAUUGCCCUUCCUACCGUGGACGGCGAUGCGUUGACUAAAAUUAUCGGAGAGCUCGUGAAGUUGGAUAGCCGAUUCAUCCCUGCCGAGCGUGGUUACUCCUUAUACCUCCGUCCUACCAUGAUUGGUACCCAGAAGACCCUGGGUGUUGGUCCCCCAGGAUCCGCUCUUCUCUUCGUUAUUGCCAGUCCCGUGGGUCCUUACUACCCCACUGGCUUCAAGGCCAUCUCGCUGGAGGCCACUGACUACGCCGUCCGUGCCUGGCCUGGUGGUGUUGGUGACAAGAAGCUCGGUGCCAACUAUGCUCCUUGCAUUCUGCCCCAGCUCGAGGCCGCAUCCCGUGGUUUCCAGCAGAAUCUGUGGCUCUUUGGUGAGGAGGAAUACGUGACCGAGGUCGGCACUAUGAACCUCUUCAUUGCCUUGAAGAACAAGGAGACAGGACAGAAGGAGCUUAUCACUGCUCCUCUUGAUGGUACCAUCCUGGAGGGUGUCACUCGUGACUCCGUCUUGACUCUUGCCCGCGAGAGACUCGGCCCCAAGGGCUGGAACAUCUCCGAGCGCAAGAUUAAGAUGUCCGAGGUUGCCGAGGCUUCCGAGGAAGGUCGCAUGAUCGAAGUGUUCGGUGCUGGCACUGCUGCUAUUGUCAGCCCUGUCCGCAACAUCAGCUACAGAGGUAAAAUGGUUGAGUGUGGUUUGAAGGAGGACCAGGAGGCUGGUGAGAUUGCUCUCCAGAUGAAGAACUGGAUCGAGGGUAUCCAGUAUGGUGAUGAGCAGAACCCCUGGAGCGUCGUGAUCUAA